AUGUCUGAAGAACAAGCAGCUCACCACUUACUAAAUGUCUUAGAAGAGAGGGGGCUUGAUGUUGAUCUCGACAAGAUCCUCCUAGGCUUCGAGGACGAGGAUACGAAAGGGGAAGCUGCGGUAUGGGUACACGAAUACCUGAAUGAGGAAACAUUAUUGACAAAAGAAGAACUGGAGUUAUACCAGACGUUGAAACGGAAAGGUCUUUCGCACCAAUAUGAGAGCGAAGGUGAACCGAUCCGCCCAAUCCUGGACCAUGAGAUUGCAUCCGCCAUCGAGUCUUUGCAAAGCUCGACUGCUGCCAUUGAAGAGCAAUGCAGAGUACUGGAAGCACAAAGAGAUGCCCUAAUGAGAUUAAAGGUCCUCGACAAGCCCAAUCUGGAUGUUGACCAUGCGCGCAACGAAAAGAGGAGGAAAGAGGGGCAAGAGAAGGCACGGCUGGACGUUGCAAUAGACGAUGUCUCAACCGCCAUAGCCGAGCAGUUAGCGGAUGUCCGGCGAGACAUCGAAGCGGAGAAGUCAGCACUAAAGAGCUAUGUUGCUGAACGCCUAGCUUCUGAUGAUCAGAUUCUAAGCCGGCUCCCAAAUAUCGUCUCUACGAUCGUCACCAAGGUUGAGGCCAGCGAAGAUGAGAAAUCCAUGGGGCAGUGGUGCAAGGCUAUCAUCUCCUUCCGAACAGCUGAGAUCAAGGCCCGAGUUGACACAGUUUACCUGAAUAGCUUGGCUGAGAAAGCGAAUGGCGAUCUGCCAGGUGAAUCAGAUGAUGAGCUCCAGGAACGGAAGCAAGCACUGCAAGCUGAAAUGGAGGAGUUGCACGCAGAAGUCGCCUCGAUUUCAGAGAUGGUAGUCGAACACGAGCUACAAAAGCCAAUGGUCGACGUCAAAGAGCGUAAAGAGAAAGAGCGGACACUAGCACAGACAGCUUGGCUGAACUAUGUAUUAUCGACGCUCGAUUACAUGGGCAAGCGUCUGGACAUAGUCCGUGCAUCUUCCACAGACGUAGACGAGUUUCAACAUGCCAUAGCCCACAUCAGCGAAGCAGCCUCGAAACGCAUGCCAGAUGUACAUGCCCAACGUCCAACACCAGUCAAGAGACGAACAUCAUCCGUGCCUCUGUCGGCUUUCACACCGAUGACAAAGCUCAAGCCUACGACGUCUCUGGAUCUCCCUGCAGCACUCCAAGACGCACUUCGUCACGCCGGCAUAUCGUUCAGUCACGACACUCUGGAAGCACUUCAGGACGCGCUCAUUCAAGCUCAAAGUGAGCGACAGAAGAAGGCUAAAGAGCACUUCCAGGCUACAGCUACAACUACCCACGAACAAGUUGCUGAGCGCUCAAGCAAGGCUGAUCGCGACCUCAGGAUAAUCAUGGAUGCUCUGUUUGCGCACAUUCCGUUCCAGCAAGUCAGCUUGACAAAUCCCAAGCUGGAGGCGCAAUUGAAGGCUAUGGACAGCGAGCUCGAUCACAAAGACCGUGAGCUGCUCGAAGCAGAGGGCAACGAGCUCAGCCUCAGCGAUCCCAAGGUCAGGGCUUUCAUCGCAAAGUAUGGCAGGCAGGGGAGAUAGUGUGUGGUGUGGUGGUGAGCUAGUGAGCAGGGUACUAGGGGAACCUGAGCCGUAAAAGUGGAGCUAGGGCUACUAGCGCGGUUGAUGUGUUGUUCGAGCUGUCAACACGGCGCUGUAAUGGUGCAUAACCAGGG